GACGAAUGUGAAUUAAAAAUCAGUGUAGAUGAUGAGACGGGAGCCUCUUAAGGGUUACCUCAGUAAGAAGGCUUCUAUUCAAUUUACAUAAAGUUUUAGAGCUGUGGGAAAAUGUGUUCCAACCUGCAAAAAGCUAUGAUUGAUCUCAUUGAGGUGUUCCACUCUUACUCUGGAAAAGAAGGUGACAAGUACAAGCUGAGCAAAGAAGAGUUGAAGACCCUGCUACAGAACGAACUCAGUGGUUUAAUGGCAGAAAGCAAGGACCCCGCAGUUGUCGACAAGAUUAUGACUGACCUGGAUGAAAACCAAGAUGGUGAAGUGGACUUCCAGGAGUUUGUUGUUCUGGUUGCUGCGGUGGUUGUCGCCUGCCAUACUUUCUUCGAGGACCUCGACAAGGGCAACGUGACACCAUGUAGCCGUUCCUAAUCACAGCACCUUGUAAUGCUGUAGAUAUGUUUCCUUUGCCCAUCCAGUGUAUUCCAUACAAUAAAGAUGUUGCCCUGCUACAUGUGGGAAGCAUGGUGUUGUCUAAAAGCAUUUGACAGAUGCAAAUAAAACAAGUCCUGUUGUGG